AUGUCGUCCCCUGUCACUGGAAUCGUCGUGCUCAUCCGACAUGGUGAUCGACUAGGCUUCUACCAGUCCCCGACAAAGUACACUGCCUCUCAAACCAACCUCACCGUUUUGGGAUACCUCCAGGAGCUCAACAGCGGUGCCCAGCUGCGAUCCCGUUACCUCGACCCAAGCUCGCCAUACCUCAUUCAGGGAGUCGACACUGCUGCAGCUGAGAACGUCAAAGUCGAGGUUCAGGCGGAUGCAGGUGGCGAAGGCGGCGUCAUUGUCGAGAGUGUCAAUGCCUUCAUGCAGGGAAUGUACCCUGCUUUCAACGAUUCCCUCUCGCUUGCCAACGGCACGACAGUGUCGUGGGAUAAUCGUGCACAGCUCAUUCCCGUACAGACCAUCGAGCCAGAACAGUCGUUUGUCAUGGAGCCUUGGACAUUGUGCGAAAAGUUUGACGACUUUACCAGCGAGUUCUACAAUAGCAGCAGCUUCGAGAAACAGGCAGCUAUCGCUAAGCCCUUUUACGACUCUAUUCCUGCUUCGAUCAUAGGCAAUCGUCCAAAGACACUUGUCAACGCCUACAACGUGUUUGAUUUUCUGAACGUAGAGAAGAUCCACAACGCGACUCUGGCGCCAUUGAUCACAGACGAGAUGCUGUCCAACGCCCUGACAUGGGCUGAGUAUCACGAGGCUGGUGUGUUUGGUGACAAAAGCCCCGAAUCCCUUGGAAGCAUUGCAGGUCGAGGAAUGCUCAAUCCACUCACCGAUGCUAUCUCCAGAGUUGCAAACGCCUCCGACCCCCUCAAGCUGUCCGUGAUUGGCGCAUCGUACAAGCCGUUCUUCUCGCUUUUCAGCCUGUUUCAGAUUGAUCAGCUGCAAGGGAAGCUGGUCGACUACGCUUCCGCCAUGGUCUUUGAAAUCCACGAGGACAAAUCGCUCCAGCUUUACUUCCGUAACGGCUCGUACGGCAGCCUGGAACCGUACGAGAUUCGAAGCUCUCCCUUCUCGGUCGACCUCUUUCUGCAAGCCUACAACCCAAUGAAGCUAGAGACACUUGCAGACUGGUGCAAUGCAUGCGGCGAAACCACCGCACGAGGCUGUGCAGCGCUCAAUGCCCUGAACGGCACGGGAAGUGGGGGCAAGUAUUCGGACGUAACAUCGACGACGGGCAAGCAUCAAGUGUCGCCUGUAGUAGCCGGUCUCAUCGGCGCCUUGGUCGGUCUUGUUGUGGCUCUCGUCUUUGUGACGGGAUUGGCUUCUCUGACUGGCUUGACGGUGGUCAAGCGUGGAAAGGCCACCUAUUCUAGACGUCAGCAUCUGCUUGCCCCAGGAUCCACCAGCACCGUGAACCAUGCAGGCAACAGUAUAGAGCUUCAUUCUGAUCUGGAUCGCAAAGAGUCUCAUGUAGCCUGA